AUGAGUGCCACACUGCUCGGCACCAUGGGGUCGAUAGGCAUCCCCUACCGUUUUGGGCAUAUCCGCAUCCAAACUGACGUUCAUCUUCUGAGCACCAUUGGUCUCAAACUUGGAGUGCCGGAUAUGUUGAUGGAAUACAAGGACCUGGAUGGUGAUUGUAUCCCACUGUGGGCCACUGAGAUCAGCGUCUCACAGAUGAAGAAAUCAGCAAUUAAGAGACUCGGCAGCUUCAUGGCGAAUCGCAAGGAUCUCCUCGCCAUCUCAUCAAUCAAUGUGAAAGAGUCAAAGAAGCAUGAGGGGCCCCGGUCAGGGUCAGAGGCGGUAGAGGUCUUAGAAGAACACCCAUCAGUCUUAACAUUCUCGCAGUGGCUGUCGCACACAGCCACCGAUGCUGAGGACCCUACUGUCAUGAAAAUGUUUCAUCACGUCUGGCAGCAUCCCAUUACCAUGACGAUCACAAUGUGGCUUCGCCACCCUGACGGCAGCUUCAAUAUUGAUGAGAAGGAUCCUGAUCUCUGCGCAACAGCAGACUUGUUUCCUGAGUGUGAUGGUGUUAGGUACCAUGCCGGCUCAAGAGGCAGAGGGGUCAGGGCUUGGCUUCAGCUCUUGCGCUGCGCCCUUAGCCAAACCACUUGGGUCCGCUUUGAGGGUCGGGGAAGCGGAAAGGCGGGGAGCGAUGCGGAUGGUGGAUAG